AAUUUGUUUGCUAACAAAAAUAAAUAAAUCAGUUUGUUAGUAAAAUAUUUUCGAUAUACUGCGAAAAAAGUAUUUUUAUUGUAUAUACUAUAUAUUUGCUAAGAGUUGUACAAGACACCCACCAUCAUGGCUUUGGAACCUACAGGAUCGAUUACCUCUUUGGAUGCUAUGUCGGGCAAAUCCUCUGCUCACGCUUCUAUCGUCGACAUUGGAUCGCGCUCCUCAAAUGCUAGUAAUUGGCAAAUGGAGAGAAUGAAAAUGUUGAUAAACUCCGCAGAUCCAAUGAAUUCAUCGAAAGCAUUGGAUGAAAGACGAAAACUUGUACGAGAAGAGUACAAAAUGCGAAUGAAGGCCGCACCGAAGACUUUGGUACAAAAGACCGAAGAGAAAAAAGAUCCAGUUGAGCGCCAACUAGAAGAUAGCGAUCAUAAAUUAAAGGAUUUGAUAGAGUUUGGACAGGAGUUGGUGACGAAUGUGAAGGUGGCAAAUGAGAGGCGAGAACUUAUGCGUCGCGAAUAUGAGAGUGAGCGUAGUGGUAUACUAAAUCAGGAUCUCGAAAAGGAAUCCAUUGAGUCAAUGGCACGUUUCAAUGAAAUCGCAUCGAAAUGGUCGGAGCUGGAGGAAUUCAAAGAGCCGAUGGCAUUAUUCGAACACUUGGAGGAGCAAAAAGAAAAAGUAGCUGCUUUAAUGGCGAGCAAAGAUAGUCUCAUUGAACAGUGUCAGAAAGAGAUAGAUCGCAUAAACGCCAAGUACUAUGCCGAUCAAAUGGCACAAGCAAACGAUGUGCGCUGCUUAGUUGAACGCAUUGACCGUCAAAUUGAGGUUAUUAAGAUGGCUUACACGAGUCAUUUAAACAUUUUGGAGAGUACGAUAAGUGAAGAGCGUGAAACGAUCGCUCUAUCUGAGGCCAACAAGUGGAAUAAAUUCUACGAUGAUAUGGCGGAGAGUGAAAAGACGAAAUUCGAUUUGGCCAAGCAGAAGGAGGAAUUCUAUGCGGCUGAGGUGGCGCGCAUUGCAGCGGUACAAGAGGAGCUAACAUGCAGCACUCGUAUACGGCUGGAGAAGGAGGCCGAAAUGUUGGAGUGGGAACUGCGUAAUGUCCGUAAUACAGUGUUGAUAAAUUCAGAAAAGCUGGACUAUAAUUAUCAGGUGCUACAAAAGCGUAAUGAAGAGAAUAUAGUGAUUAGUAAUCAACAAAAGCGUCGUCUGGCGAAGCUUAGUGAGAACAUAGCCUCGUUGAAAGUGAGAAUCAGCGUGGUCAAUAAACAACACGAAACUAAAUUGCAGCGGUUUUUGACUGAAAUACAAAAAUUGCAUGAGAGCAUAAGCGAUCUCGAGCUAAAAGCGCAACAGUUUCGUUCCAAUAACAAACGGAAGUUCGAUCUCGUGUGGGAAAUCAAUUUCAAAGAAUUGAAAGAUCUUUUAACGAAGAUCUUCGAAAUUGAUCGCAUAUUACACGAACAGCAAUUGGCAGCACCAUGGUCUAUGCCUGAUAUCGAUUGGACCGACAUUAAUGAGGCUGCCAAAGCAUCCAAUAGCAGCACACUGAAGGCCGCUAAGAAGAAAAAAACGACUACUGAUUUUCCAACACGCACGUGCGAAGAGUUGCUGGAGAAGGGUUUAGUGCGUAAUAUUUUGAGGAAAAUUGCUGAUCGCGCCGGUUUUCUCAUUGAAGAAAAACUUCUAAAGAUUCUAGAACCCUAUUCGGAGAAUGAGAAAUGCAUUGUACGUCUGGAUAAUAUAUUCAUAGCUUUGCGUGUCGGUAAUGUAAAGAUGAUCUCAAGGUUGACGGAAUGUUUUCUGCCAUACGCCUAUUGCCCGAACUGUCCAGGGGGACUACCGAAGCAGGCCAUGCACGAAUUCUAUCGCAUAGGACGCGAGUUCGAAGAUAUGGUUGCUCCAGAUGAAGACUUCGAUGAGUACGCUGAAGAAGAAAACCCAACGGAGAAUAUUAGAAUACAACAACAGUCGGAGGAAUGCCGCAGCAAGCUCAAAGCAGCGCAUCCAAAUUGCAAAAACCACUAUUUGGUUGUCGAACCAGUAUUUGUACUAAUGGCACUGAACGAAUUCACUAAAAAGCAAAUGCAACAACAAAUGCACUACAAGAAAUUCCUGGAAGCAAAUGUAUUGCUUAGCAAUACGAUUCCAUUUGAUGACGAGACGAUCAAAACAUUUUGGAGCAAGUUCAAGAGCUUUUUCCCCAAGGAGAAGCGUAAGCUGUGGGUGACUCUGGAACAUGGUCUGAAUCACUAUGUGGAGGUUCUUAAGCAACGAACCAAACUUGAUCAGGAAUGUGCCUUCUUGCGCCGCCAAAAUAUGGAGCUGAAACAUCUGCUGCAAAAGUUUAAAGUAUAAGCGAUGUAAUCGAUACAGAUAUAUAUUUAAAUUCUACACUGAUUUUUAUUACUGUAUUUUUAGGUCCUUUUAGUAUAUUUAUGUACCCACACACUUUUAAAUUUAACACGUUCUAGUAUUUUUUCCAAUAGUGUCUUUGAGAAAUAAUAGUUACGUAUAUAUUGAUUUUGCAUACUGUCAAAAUUAUGAUUGUAAUGAAACUUGAUACAUAAUAAAUACA